GAUGAUCAGCCUGGGGGUAGGACGGGGAUCAGGGUUGGGCCAGUGGUGACCUCCCGUGUCCCUCACCAUAGGGCCGGCAGAUGAAAAGGGCAACAUGUGAAGAGCUUCCACCGGCCCGUGUUAGCAGCUAGUUUCUCGUUUCGGGUGUGAUUUUGUUCAGAAUGGUUUACUUACACAUGGACCAAAUCUUUAUUUAAACAGCUUGUGUUAAAUGGGAGAACCACAGCUGGCUGUGACUUACAAUGCUUACAAUUUUUUUUUUACCUAUUCAUCUGUCUAAUCCAGUUAAUAAACCUUUGUUCUUUGCCUGUUCUGUCUGCCUCAUAUUCUUCAGAACCAUAUCUCAUACGAAUGUACUAUAACGCCUAAAGCACUAAUGUUUUCCAUAUUCCGCUUGGGUGUGUUGGAAAUCUGAGCUAACUUCCUGAAGUUGGGGGGAAAACCACAGGCAUGUUUUGAAAAAUGGAAGGUUGAUUGCGGAAGUCCCCGGUUUGGAGACAGCUGCACUACCUGGCGGUCAUACGCCGUCAGCGCAGGAUGAAGUCCCGCACCGGGUCCUCAUGGACCGAGGAAGGUCCAGAUGGGUUCAUGGACCGGGGAGGGUCCGGAUGGGUUAAUGGGACAGCAUUCAGGAAGUAGGCCUCACUUACAUGUUUAAUUAAAGUUAAUUCUGUGUUAUUUGUUAUUUAGCAUUUUAAGUUAUCCAAUCAUUUAAGAUAGGCAUGCAAUUAAGUAGCCUUGUUUUUUACGCAAAACACAAUUCAUUUGGACUAAAUGUUGAUCAUAACAAAAAGCAUUAAUGUGGAUGUUCACCAUUUGAUAUUUAGUAGGAGUCUCCUUUGCUUCGAAAGGCCGUCCCCGUUCAGAGGAGUCAUCUGAGCCAGCUGUCAGGCACGGUGCGACCAUAACCAUUUAGGGACAUGUCCUUUCUAGAAUGCUCUGGGUUCCUCCGAACCGAAAGAAAUGGAGAAGUAAGACACAGUAACAUACAGCAGGACAUCCGCUUUCCUCUCAGUGGUAGCAGCCGGCAAAUGGCCAUUUGAAAACCACUUUACUGACUUUCGCUGAAUCCCAAUUGUUAUGAAUAUGAUAUUUAAAAUGUCUGAUUAGGAGCUUCCGAUAACAAUACUUUAUUCCGUGAAAAAUAACAAAGAAAACAAACUUAAAGAUUGUUACUGCGCAAAGCCAGCGGACGACGAAUCUCUCGAGCACCCCGGAGUCCAGCGCGCACAUUCUACGCAUGCGUACCCGUCGUUUUCGGGGACGGGUCUGUGUCGAUGAAGUCAAGAUGGCGGCCCUGGCAAAAGCGCCAAUACAUUCCCUAAAAUAGAAGUCAAACCGCACCUCUACAUCGACAUUUAACGAACCCCGAUGCGGGUUCUCCCGUCCCGUGAAUACCGGAAGCAUGUUCGGGGACACAGAGUGACAGGAAUAAUACCGUAAAAGGAGCCCGCGGCGCGAUGUGCGAGAGCUACGCCCGCUCGCUGCUGCGCGUGUCGGUGGCGCAGAUCUGCGCGGCGCUGGGCUGGGACGCCGUGCAGCUCACCGCCUGCGACCUGCUGGCCGACGUGUUGCACAGAUAUCUGCAGCAGCUGUCCAGGGGCUGCCACCGCUACUCAGAGCUCUAUGGCCGGACGGACCCAGCCCUGGACGACGUGGGCCAGGCCUUCAGGCUGCUGGGGGUCAGCCUGAGUGAGCUGGAGGACUAUGUGAACAACCUGGAGCCUGUGAGCUUCGCCCACCAGACGCCUCUGUUCCCCAUCACCAAGAACAACGUGCUGCAGUUCCCUCAGCCCGGAGCCCGUGAGGCUGAGGAGAGGAAGGAGCACAUCCCAGACUAUCUGCCUCCCCUGGUCUCCCUGCACGAGGAAGAAGAGGAGGAGGAGGUCCUCCCGGACAUGGGCACCUCCGCAGAGGCCAUGCAGGUUCCCCUGGAGGACGACGAAGACGACCUGGAGGACGAGGAGGCGGUCAACGACGAGAACCACCCGCUGAAGCGCCACCUGGACAGCCCCGACGCCGCCAUGGGCAUGAUGCCCACCUCCAAGCGGCCGCGCCUGCACCCGGGCCUCAGCCCCGAGUGGGGGGUUGAGCCCCGCGAGCCCCUCACCUCCCUCAACCCCCAGCGCCUGCCCCCCGGCGUGCUGGCCUCCCACGACAGCCUGGGCUCCCUGUCCCCGGAGACGCCCACCGGCGCCCCGCCCUCCUUCAGGCCGCUGCCCCCCGCGCCCCGCCACGGCGACCACAAGUCCCACUCCACGCCCUCGAGGAAGAGCAAAGGGUCGUCCCCGGGCCGACAAAGGACUAAGUCCCCGAAGGGGGGCAGCUCGGGGGCCCCGGGGGGAGGAGCGCUCUGCUCCCCCAGGUCCUCCAAGGACCGGAAGAAGUCCCCGGGUCGGACCAAGAGCCCCAAGAGCCCGAAGAUCAGCUCCUCCAAAGGACCGCCGCCGCCGCCGCCGCCGCCGCCGCUGCCGCCGCCCGGCAAGACGGACACGCCGCCCAAGCUGCCCCCGCUGGUACUGAGCGAGAGGAUGGGCAAGGAGAACAUCCACACGCACCAGAGCGGCGAGGAGGAGGAGGAGGAGGAGGAGGGCGGGGCGGGCGACGGCGGCUCGGAGGACGCGGAGCCCGACGACCAGGCCAUCGAGGAGUCCAUCGACGCCGUCAUCGCCCAGGCCUGCGCCGAGCACGAGCCCGACCCCUUCGCCUUCUCCUCGGGCUCCGAGUCGGAGAGCAACGGCUUCUCCAGCCCUCGGCGGCUCACCAUCAUGGAGCCCUGCGUCACGCCCAAGCUCAUCCUCGGACCCCCCCCCUCCGGCAAGGACCACUCCACGCCGCCGCACCUGGGCCCCGGGAACUGGACCAUGGACGACUCCAUCAACGAGGUGCUGCGGAAGGUGAACCAGGGUGGGCCGGGGGCGGCGACGGCGGCUCCUAUGCCCCAGCUGAACCCGGACUACCUGUCGUCGGGCUCGCCCUCGCCGCCCACGCCCGAGCCCGCCCUGCUCAAGGCGCUGGAGGAGAGGAUCAAGACGCCUCCGCCGCCACUGUCACUCCCACCGCCGGCCGACGUCAAGAAGAAGCUGAAGAAGGAGCUGAAGACCAAGCUGAAGAGCAAGAAGGAGAAGGACAAGCCAAAGGACAAAGAGCGGGCCAAGCUGAAGGACAAGAGCAAGGACAAGAGCCGGGACAAGGGCAAGGAGCUCGCCAAGGAGGCCAAGCUGGCCCCCUGGAAGGGGGACGUGGAGCCGCUGUUCGGCCACCCGCGGGACUUCGUCCUGAUGCCGGAGGCCCCGCCCGCCAAGAUGAAGUCCAAGGAGGCGGACGGCUCGGGCCGCAAGGACAAGGAGAAGCACAAGGACAAGAAGAAGGACAAGGAGCGCAGCAGCAAGAAGGACAAGGCCAAGAACAAGGACAAGGGCAAGGAGGAGAAGCAGAAACUGUCGGCCCUGGCGCCCUUCGCCCUGGCCGACCUGCAGCCCCUGUUCAGCCCGGCCGGCUGCCUGCGCCUGCCCUCCAUGCUGCCCCCGCUGCCCCCCGUGCUGCAGGAGAAGGAGGCCAAGGGCGGCAAGGAGAAGGAGAAGAAGAAGGACAAGAAGGAGAAGAAGAAGAAGAAGGACAAGGAAAAGGAGCGGGAGAAGGCCAGGGAGAAAGAGCGGGAGAAGGAGGAGAAGAAGAGGGAGAAGGAGCGCGAGAAGGAGAAGCGGGAGAAGGAGAAGGAGAAGGCCAAGGAGAGGAUCCGACUGGAGAAGGUGAAGGUGGACGUUCCGGCCUCCCUGCCUUCCCCGGUCAUCCCCCGGCUGACGCUCAGAGUGGGGGCCGGUCAGGACAAAAUCGUCAUCAGCAAGGUGGUCCCGAGCGCGGAGCCCAAGACGCCAGCCCCCAAGGCCCCCACGCCGAAGGCCCCGCCGCCCAAGGUGGUCCCGCCCCCCCGCCCGCGGUCACCCCCGCCGCCGCCGCUGCCCCCCAUUGUGAUCCCGCCCCUCAUGCUGCCCCCCAUCUCCCUACUGGCCGCCGCCAGCUCCCUGAAGACGCCGGUGCGCAGCGUGGUGACGGAGACCGUCAGCACCUACGUGAUCCGAGACGAGAGCGGGAACCAGAUCUGGAUCUGUCCCGGGUGCAACAAGCCCGACGACGGCAGCCCCAUGAUCGGGUGCGAUGGAUGCAACGACUGGUACCACUGGCCCUGUGUUGGCAUCCUCACCGCCCCCCCAGAGGACCAGCAGUGGUUCUGUGUCAAAUGUACCAGCAAGAAAAAGGACAAAAAACACAAGAAAAGAAAACACAAACUCCAUUGAGACUGCCGAUUUUUUCGCGCACGCGUACGCUUGACACUGAUAUGCGGGGGGGGGGGCUUGCAGCAUGGCUGAUCAACCUGCAGCUCACUUCCUGUGCACCCUGGUAAAAUAAACCAGCCGCUGUUAAUGGACCGCUUGUAUAAGAGAAGAAGAAGAAGAAGAAGAAGAAGAAGAAGAAGAGUGAGCUGAGGCCAGCCAUCGCCCCCCUCCCCUCGUCUCCCAUUCUUUGGUUCUCUUAUGUUUUUACACACUGCCCUCACCUCGUCAGGAUACUAGGAUUCAGUUUGGAGUCGGUGCUGGGCUGCUUGUUGAUGAUAGGAGUCUAAACUUAGCCACGGUUUACUGGAAAAUAACCCAAGAAUGAUCUCCAUGAAGUGCAUUGUUAUGUAUGAUUUUGAUGUGUUUAACGUUACUGCAAAAAACGAAUUGCAGCAAAAUUUCAACUCAACAGUUACCUGCAGUAUCAUGACAUGUCAUGUGUAUAUUUAGAGAAAAUGAUGGCAUUGGUUAUGAGUGAGAAUGUGUGUCUGUGCGUUUGUGUGCGUGUGUGUGCGUGUGUAUAAAGGUGUAAAUACUAACUUCCAUGCAGGGUGGGAUUUGAUCUUCAGAUCCUCACUUGUUAAAUCCAUUUUCAGAUAUUGGUUUUAACCCGAAUGAUUUUCUGUAAUUCCUGUACAUUUUUUAAAUUGAAAGUGUAUUUUUAUUUGUUCUUCCGAGGGUUUGUUGCAGACGUUGACUCCAGCUGUGUUCCAGCUGUGCUUGUAACGUAAUUAAUUUUGCUGAUGUUUCAAUAUUAAAGUUCAACCGUCAACACGUGAAUCUCAUUAUCAUAACAGCAUCCGGUAGAUUUUUCUAUAAACACAUUUUCUGUAUCUUUUUUUUUUAAUUUAUCUUUAGAUCAUACAAAGCACUGUUUCUGAUUUGAUCGCGAGUUUGUAAUGACUGAUUUCUUUGCUUCAUGAAAAUACAUCAGAAAUAUUCCAACAAAGCCAGUGUCAGACCUGAAGUUUUGUUUCCACUACACAACCCCUUUAAAACGCAUAAUAACACGCAGGUUAUUUGUUAACUGUAUUUUUCUAAACCCGAGGGAAAAAUCUGGGCAAGUGGAUUGUAAAUGGAAAAUUGCUCUGUCAGGGAAGAUUCAUAAAUUCAAAUUAUUGCAAUAUAAUCAUAUAGCUUACUCCAUCCUUGAAUUAUUUUUUGUACUAUUGCUUAAAUGUCAACCCGAUUUCUUGAUUUGUUUAUUCAUCCAAUUUUUAUAAUCCUUUUAUGGUUUUAGAUACUGAUCAAAUAAAAUUUUCAUGAAUGGUCUUUUCAUAGUUUCAAGAAGGUAUUUUAUUUUCUAUUUCAGUUACUUGACAAGCAGUCAAGAGUUCUGGGCUAAUUGUCAGACAAACCGAGCCAAUUUAAGAAAUAACUUAAACAUAACUUAAGAGAACCAUUAUGUCUGCUAUAUAUCACAGAAUUGAUCCUCGUCAGUUGCAGUCUAAACUUGGACAUGCAGUACCCCUAACGUCCAUAUGGUGUCAGUGUUCCAGCACGGAGAGGGAGCGGGCCUAAAAGCCUCUUCAACGUUUCUCCAGUCCGCAGACAGCAGUGUUUCAGCCUCAGCCUUGCACCUGUCACCAUUCAGUCAAACGUUUAUUUCCAGGCCAACCUUUGGAGCAGUGUGGGCUGUGGUGAACGUCUGAACGUUUAUGUUGGUUUUCACCCCCACACACCUGUCAUUCGUCAUUGUGAACUUAAAUAGAUAGUAAACCUAGAUGGAAAUUCAG